AUGCCCGACGAAGACUCGGCUACUGUGAAGUUGAUUGAGACUGUUAAAUUAAAUCGGUGCCUCUAUGAUUCUAGAGAUAAAAAAUAUAGGUCAUCAGAAUAUAAAUUCAAUUUAUGGAAUGAUAUUUUAAAUGAAGUUAAAAAAGCAGAUCCAAAUUAUAAAGGUGAUUCACGAGCUUUAACCAAGUUUUUAGAUCCAUUUAUGACGGAACGUGAUGAUCAUAAAAAUGAGACAGAGGAAGCAUCAUAUAUAAGGCAACGAAUAAAAACAGAUCCAAAAUUUUAUGAAAAAUUAAUAAAUGAAGUUAAAAAAUAUUCAAGUUUGUAUGAUUCAAAUGAUCCUAAUUAUAGGCAUACAAAUUUAAGGAUUGGUAUAUGGAAAAAUAUUUUAGAAAGUCUUGAUUUACCUGGAGAUGUUAGUGAUAUAUAUAAACAAUGGAAAAAAAUACGUGAUAGAUAUGUUAGAGAAAAAAGAAAAAGAAAACAAAUGAAUUCAUCUUCUGAUGAACCUUCUUCGUGGGGUUUAUAUGGUAAAUUAACGUGGAUGGAUUCAUUUAUUGAAGAAAGGAGUGAUAGUAAAGCAAAGAAAGAACAUUUACAAUUACCUGAUAUUAGUGGUGAAGGUUUUAUUCAAAAUGACUUUGAUAAUUUUAAUCCCGGUAUUUUGGAAGAUGCUCCUUCACCCAUAUUAAAUGAUAAUAAUCAAAGGCAAUCUCUUGAUGAAAAUAGGGCACGUGAAGAUCCAUAUUUUUCUCAACAAAUUCCUUCUAAUUUUAAUAACAAUACAACUCACCCUGAAUCUCAAAGUCCAACAGAACCCCCAGUAAAUCAAAUUGAAAUUCCUCAGGAAAUGAUGGAUGGUGAUAUGGCAUAUGCACUAAGUGUUUUAAUUGACAUUAAAUCUUUAAGUUAUCAAGACAAAGAAUCAGCUAAAGUUCAAAUUCUUCAACUUAUAAAAAACUCGCACUAA